CCCUCGCUCGGUGAGCGUCCGCACCAGGCCUGAUCGCCACUGCGGCGCAGGGACGCUAGGCUGCAGCCAGCAUGAUGGACGACGACCCCAAGCUGAGGACCGAAGGGAACUCGCUCUUGAAGGCCGUGUGGCUGGGGAGGCUCAGGCUCACCCGGCUGCUCCUGGAAGGGGGUGCUUACGUCAACGAGAGCAACGACAAGGGGGAGACAGCCCUCAUGGUGGCGUGCAUCACCAGACACGUGGACCAGCAAAGCGCCAGCAAGUCUGCGAUGGUCAAGUACCUGCUGGACAACAGGGCGGACCCCAACAUUCAGGACAAGUCGGGCAAGACGGCCCUCAUCCAUGCAUGCAUGAGGAGAGCGGGAGGAGACGUGGUGUCCUUGCUGCUGGAGAACGGGGCGGACCCCAGCCUUGAGGACCGCACUGGGGCAUCCGCUCUGGUCCACGCUAUCAACGCAGAUGACAAGGAUGCACUGAGACACCUCCUGGAUGCUUGCAGAGCCCAGGGCAAGGAGGUGAUCAUUAUAACGAUGGAUAAAUCCUCUUCGGGCACCAAAACCACCAAACAGUAUCUCAAUGCCCCUCCUUCACCCAAAGUGGAAGACAGGCAUUCACCCCCCCUGUGCACGUCUCCCUCAGAUAUAGAACUGAAGACUCCCGGCCUGGGCUGCCUACCCAGAGAGAAGGAGGGUGACUUCUUCAGCCUCCAAGCAGGGCAUCCGGGUGGUGGAAACACCUCCAAGGCCCUUAAUGAGCCAGGGUCACCCACCAGGAAAGGCGGGAACCUCAAAAGGGCCCAUCUGCCCCGACUGAAGAGGCUCCAGUCUGAACCCUGGGGCCUGAUCGCGCCCUCGGCGCUGGCAGCCUCCGUGCGCCAGGACGAGACCCAGGGUGGCGGCACAGACGGCGUCAUCAAGAGCAUCAGUGACGUGUGCUUCCCCAAAAGGGAGCCCCUCUCCAGAACCAACAGUACUGAUGGCCAAGACCCCACCCUCUUCCCCACCGUCUCAGGGCAGGUUCUGAAGAUGCCAGCCUCUGCAGCACCAGGAUCCUGGAAGGCAGCCUAUGAGAAAGGCCCGGCUUCCCACCAGGGUCCGGCCAGAAGGGGGACUCUCCCUGGGGACCAAGAGAAGGGUGGCAUCAGUCCGUCGGGCCCUUCUGCUCUCUCUGCUCCGGCAUCUCUCAAGCAGCUGGAAAGUGACCUCUACAAUUUAGACUUACAGCCAGGGGCUGACCAGCUGAACUCCACUUCCCUUGAAUCAGGCAGAGGACUCUCGGAUAGAAAGAGGCUCAACGGCUCCCACGUGUCUCUCUCCCACAGCUCCCGGGAGGCCCUGGACGCCGUGCCCAGCUCGUCUCCCAGCUUUGUGCGCCGCCGGCCCCUGCAUCUUCUAGAAAGACGAGCUUCUGGGACUCUGCUGCUGGACCGGCUUCCCCACACCCGGCCUGGCUUCCUUCCACCUUUAAGUGUGAACGUGAGCCCGCCUCUCCUGGAUAUUAGAUCUGGCAGCAAAUCGUCUCCUCUGGCCAGUGGCUUAAAAUCCAUGGUUCCUGCGGCUCCAAGUUCACCAAAGAGAGUGGGCCUGAGAGGUAAGACACUCCUCAGAAGGCACUCCAUGCAAGUCGAACAGAUGAAGCAGCUGUCCAGCUUUGAAGAAAUCAUGACCUAGAGGCUUUUAGAGCCAUUUGUGUAUUUAUUUUUUAGACCUACGUAGUGUAUGACAGGUACCAGAUGUAGACAGCACAGCCCUGCAGGCUCCCUGCAUCCCGAUAGCCCCUUCGUGCUGCUGUGUGGCUGCGUCAGAGGGUGAGGCACCAGGGUGCUGCUUCCCUUCUGAAAUACUUUCUGGGCUUUUAUUGGCCAGACUUGAGAAGAGCUUUGGAUAAUUGGAUUCUGGGGGUGAAAUUACCAAAAAAAAAAAAAAAAAAUCUCCAAAGGAAGAAACACAGCCAGUGCAAUGAUCUAAGUGUUUUCCUAUCAGACAAACAAGAAUUUAAAUCACAAGAUGGCAUUGAAGUGUGCGAUUUGUAAUCAAUCUAUAAAGUGCCUACAAAGAAUACUAGGCUCUAACAUUUGUUAGAAUGUGCAGAAGCUCAAACCCAAGCCCUAAACCAUGUCCGGGUAUCUGAGCUGCAACUGAAGGAACAGGAGCAGAACUGCCCCAUCGGACGGGGUCUGGCACGGGGUCCCUGCCUCUCACCGUGCGGUGGGACUCUGCCCAGCAUGGCACGCUCAAGAUCUUCCCAAACUCCAGACACACUCUGGGUCACAUACUAAUUUGGACGUGCUAUGAGUCCCCAAAUACCACAUCUACGUGCCCCCUAAAUUCUGAUAUGUCACAGUAAUUGGUGCCUUAGAGAUGAAUCUUGCUCCCAAGUGAAACUUACCUCCGAUUCCUGCUCUGACCCAGACUCUCUGUUGAAAUCUUGGAAACAGUGGUCAAUGUUUGCUAAACUCCUUCAUUUGGAGUGAAUGUGACAGUGUACAGAAUACAUCUGUAAGAAGUGUUUCCUGAUUAUUCUUAAGACAACUUGAUGAGACGUCCUGAAACCGGAAUGAAGAUGAGGAUGGGAUUUGCACAGGAUAAAAGGCGAAGCAGACGGUUCCUAUUUGAUUUUGUGGCCUGAAAACUUUAAGAGAAGCAAACCGUCCUUCCCCUCCACUUACCUAGGUAAUUCAAGACAAAUUCAGGACAAAGCCUGAGGUAGCUACGAGAUGGGAGAUUUAUAGAAAACACUUGUAAAACCCAAGAAGGGAAGCAGACACUUGGUAUAAUGCAGCACAUUUUAGAUGAAGAUAUUCCUGGUUAUUUUUCCAUUUAUUUUUCCUUCAUGCUGCUUACAUAAAUUUGCUCUAAAACUAAAAAAAUUGGUAGUCCUUGGGGACAGCAUCAUAUAGAGGAAAGAGGAAAGACUCUGAGAUUUGGGUCUGCACCUCAGCUUCACCUUUACCAGCUCCGCGACCUUGAGGAAAUGGCUUAAGGGCUGCGAGUCCCCCACCGCUCUGUGAGUGGGGUUAAUGCCCCACACUGCCAGGGUGUGGAGGGAAUUGAAUGAGACACCACACCGAAGUGUCUCCUGAGGUUCCCUGCCCAGGUGGAAGGAACUGGAGAAGAGGUAGCUAAUUUUAAUUUACUUCUUCAGACCUCUGAAGCCUCAACAUCCCAAAUAAUACAUAAUAUCCCCCACAAAAGGAAAGUGCAUCUCCUUGAGAUCCUCAGUGAUUCCAUAAAUACUGAGCUCUAAGCUCAUUUCUAAAGUAAAAUAAAUUCUGCCUCACAAGCUUCUACAUAUUAGAGCAUUUCUAUAAUGACACUUGCGGGAACUUUAUGUGAACGUCCCGCACAAAAAUGCUACUAAUGGUUAUUAAUAAACCAAGUAUUGUUUUUUCUUAAUUUCUUUAGGGCUGGCAUGUACUCGGCCUCGGCGCUAGUGACCUGUGGGGCCGUCCUGGGUCCUGCAGGAUGUUUAGUGGCAGCCCUUGCCUCUCUUCUCCCAUUAGACACCAGUAGCUCCUUCCCAACCCCCACUCUAUUGUGACAACCAAAGUGUCUCAGACAUGGCCAGACAUGGCCUGGGGGAACACUCAGCUCAAGGAGAGUGUACCUGGUAGAGAUGUGUCAUAGGUAACAAGGCUGCACGGCGUAUGGGGCUGCCUGGGGUAUGGCCUACCAACUUGAAGACCAUUUAAAUUGUGCUUUAGUAAAUGACCAAUUGAUACUAACAUGGGCACAGGGUUGGAAAACACAUAGACAUGAGUACUAAUGCCCUCUUGUGCUUGGACGAAGGGAAAAAAAUGAGAAGAAAAGCUCAAAAAAAUGAGAAUCCAGGGCUCACGAAUCUAGUUUCAUGUGGACAAUUCAUAUGCCUGUCUGGACAUUCAGUCAUUAACAGUCCUUACCAAGGGGACACAGUACAGGUAAAGAAACAAUUCUCCAAGCAUUAGGGAGUCAUACGGGCAAUCGUUCUCAGCAGCUCAUUAAAAACAGGAGUUUGUGCGCGCGCGCGCACACACACACACACACACACGCUGUGCAUUAAGUACUUCCCAACUGUCAUGGUGCCAGUUAAAACUAACCUCUGCUAGUAGUAUCUAACUAUGGGGACAGCAAGGCACUGGUAGGAGCAUUUUUCUAGCCUCUAGCUAAGAUUUGAAAGCCUAGUAGUGAAUGUGGCACAUUCACAGCAGUUAGCUUGGGUGAAACACUGCACAGGAUGAAGUGUCCAUCUGGGGUAGCCUAAUGGUGGCCUGACAAUUGCAUACCGGCGGGAAUUCCGGUGCCGCCCCCUGCCUGCAUCAGUGAGUCGUGACCGCCCCACAGCUCUCCCCUAGACAGUCAUCAGAUGGUCCCUUGUCUCGUCACUGUUUGACGAUGUGUUAGCUGAAUUAGACUGUUCCAAACUAGGAUAACCACCACGUACUUUAUCAUGGUUAGUGCAUAUAUAGGCAAUUUUGUUCACGUUAACAAACUUUACACAAACACUUUUGAACAGCGGAUUUUAGAUUCAAACAUGCUUUCUAGAUCAGAGAUUAGCUUUUCUUUCUUGGAAUCCUAGCAUCACUAUGGACGUUAGCUGCAAGCUGUAGCUUCAAUAACCCGUCCACUUAAGACUCUCCGGAAUGUUUAUCAAAAUACAUUCUCCCGGCCACAGAACUCACCUUCUAGCUGCCCGACAGUGCCGAUGUGAGUCUGGAGUCUAAUGUCUGGAACUUUGGUUUAAUUUCUAGACACUCCAAUGCCUCUGUGGUUUGUUUAAGCCCACAGUCGGUUCUCCUAGAAUCUCAUCAAGUGGAACCUGUGAAAUGCAGGCUGUGUCUGACCUCCCCCCUCCCCGUGUGCCAGUGCUUCAGAUGUAAGGUACGAUGCUUGAACUGGUUCUCUAGUGUUAAAUUAUAGUCUCAACCUGACGACGUGCUCAGAGAUGUAUCAAAAUCCAUGUAAUGCAACUCUUUAGAUUAUGUCUAACAUGUCAAUAAAAUAUAUAUUGCAAUCCUUCAGUAAUAGUUUCCAUUUUUCUCAGUGAAAGCUUAAUUAUAAAUGUUACCUUUCCAUAAGAUGGGACACGCUGCCUAGUAAUAUCAACUUUAGAAAACACCCAAUAUUUUGUGUACACGUAAUUUUUUAAAUUAAUUUUUAGUUCCAUGACUAUUCUCCUGGUUUAAAAAAAAAAGGCAAAAACGAGAAGGUGCAAGCAAGGGGACAUGCUAGCCGCAGAACCGUUCGGGCGUCCGCCGCCCGCGCCCGUGGGGACCGGGCGCUUGGGCCCGCGGGGCAGGGCGCCCGCCGGGGAGCGCAGGUCAGCGGCCCCGCCGUCACUGCGGGUCGGGCGCGGCAGUCUUACGGCAGCAGAAUCUGCUCGGGGCCGACGCCCUGCGCUCCGUGCCGAGCGCCCAAGGCGGACUAUGUGGACCCGGCCGAGCCCGGGACCCUGUCCCCGCGGUCCCGACGGCAGGACGGUGCC